AUGGAGGUAUGUGGCAAAUCCAUCGUAGCAGGGGCUGGGAAUAUUAUUUAUCUGUCAACUAUUUUAGGCCGAGAUGGGCCUAUUCCAGUCCACAAAUGCGAUCGGAAAUGCCAAAACGAACAUGUGUGUGGAAACAUGUACCUUUGUAAACUGACAGGACUGACACACAUCUGUGACAAGAAUUGUAACCAGAGGAUUUUGUAUGAUAACCAUAGUUCACUUUGCCUAGCAAGCGGCAAGAUUUUCCCUCUUACACCAACUGAGGAACAGGCUGUGAGAGGCGUCCGUAGGAAGCUUGAUGCUGAAAGUUCUUCCUCCGAAAGCUGUGCUUUUAAGCGCAGGCGUGAUGCACAGUUUCAUCCUUCUCCAUUUGAGAGAUCCUUCUCUGCUGUCAGUCCUAUCUGCAGCCAAGUUGGAGACGGGAUGGACAUGAGCUAGAUUAUCAAUAAUUGUCUUUAUGCUAUGUUGCUUCUGCAACAUUUUCUCCUUUCCUUGAACUUAUGUCGAAGAACUUAAUGCGGAUACUCAAAAAUGGCAGGCUUGAUAUGUCCUGCCUUUUGUAGGAGCACCUUAUUUCUACUGUUGUUUAAUGCAAACUUGGCUAACUAUUUCUAGAUAAAUUUUCUUUCUCUAGUCCGGCGUUGAUGCCAAUAUUGUAGUUGAACUCUGUCACUCAUUGUAUAACAGUUUCUGAGCUGUAACUAUCCCGUGGUGCUUCUGGUCAAUGCGCUGGUCGUUGCACCAUUAUUUUCCUU